AUGAGAAGGAUCGACCGUUUGGCAAGAAGAGUGAAAAAUGUUUUAUUCUUUACACACCCGGCAUCCUUAACUUCAAGCAUCAGUGAUUUUAACAAGUCAACGUCACAGGAUACAGGAUACAUCUCGAACUCAUCCCAAUCAUUUAGCCAUUCAGAUUCAAACACAAUUGGAGAUGAUUAUUGUGAACAUGAUAAUGUAUCAAAUAACAGUAAACUAGACAAUCGUGUUGAUAGUGGUGAGGAAUCAGAUGAAUACGAAACGAUAGAAUAUGAUGAUAUGAAUGUGCCGAUGAUAAUAAAGUCAACAACUGAAUGCAAACAGGAGUUGAUAUCCAAGAUAAACUUCUCAUACGAAAGCCCAGAACAAGUCAAAUCAGUCUACGGAUUAUCUCCAGUUGAUUAUAGAAUCAACUCAUUAAAACUCGCCCUUGAACAAUUAAACAACUUACCAGUUUAUGACACAUAA